GCUGAGGAGAGGCCACGAGCACGGGAGCGGCUUAACGGCCGGAUCGCGAGUCCGGCCCGGCUGUGGGACUGAGUGAAGUGGAGGCAGUCGCUGCCACCGGCGGAGCUCAGCCCCAGGGAAUGCACUGAGGAGCAGCCAUCAUUCCUGGGACACCAAGCUGUGACCUCGACCGGUAUUGCGGACUGUCCGGUGCACCGAACGUCAACACACGCCAAACUUUGCCGCAGGGAGGGACAGUGUCAAUGCUAGCCAUGCCCAAGUCCCCGAGCGCUAACCUGAACUUCAGCCUCAGCCACGCGUGGGAGAGAUACCGGCAGUCGGAGCAGCAAGAACAGGUCAGAGUAGACUGCCUGGAGAAGUUCCUCACUCUUUUCUACUACCACAGAGGAAAUCUGGAUGCAACAGAAGUCAUCAGAUUCUGCUCAGACAUGAGCAGUGCCUGUAACACAUUGGCACGGGAAUUCCUGACAGAUGUGCACCAGCUUUGCAAUGCUGUGGCCCAGAGAUCUGAGGGCAAAGAGGAGGAGGAGGAAAGUCACAUGGUCGCACUGGGAGAAUACCUAGUUCGAGGUCGAGGAUACUUGCUACUUAGUACCUUGGAUUCCAUCAUUGAUCAGGAAUUAACCUGCAGAGAGGAAUUGCUUACUCUACUCCUGUCACUUCUCCCUCUUGUCUGGAAGAUACCUGUUCAAGAAGAAAAAGCUCCAGAUUAUAACCUACCUGCACUAGAACACCUUUUGUUUACCAAAGAGACCAAGUACUCCGCAACCAAAUCUCAGGAUAAAACGGCUCACAUCCCAGACGGAAGCUCAGUUUUAUACGCUCAGGUACCAUCACGAUGUAACACCAGCAACUGGAAGACCAAGAGACAACGUAGAAACACUCACCGCUACUCUUUGAGGGAUGCCAGGAAAACCCCACUUUCCACAUCUGACUCUGAAGUCAAUUCAGAUGACAAGAGUUCAGUCAUGAUCAGACAAAGACGACAACAGACUUUGCAGCCUUUUUUGUCAUGCCAAUCAAGAGAGGACUAUAGCUCUUCUAAGGACAGUUUUUUUCCAUCUUUAAAAGUUGGAGAAGUUGCACAGAAUAGCUUAAGUUUAGAAUGCACUGCCGCUCCACUUCAAGAAGUAGAUUUGGAGUCAUCCAUGUUAAGUAAAAUGGAAAAUACUCCAUUUGAUCUUUGUCACGUUUUGUUAUCUCUGUUGGAAAAAGUUUGCAAGUUUGACAUGGCCUUAAAUCACAAUCCAGCAUUAGCAGCGAGCGUUGUUCCCACAUUGACAGAGUUUUUGUCAGGAUUUGGAGAUUGCUGCAACGGUGAUGUAUCUGGUACUGAGGAAGUUGCUGCAGGAUGGACGCCAGAGCCAGCAGCCCUUGUGCAAAGGAUGCUUUUACGAACUGUGCUACAUCUCAUGUCAGUUGACAUAAAUUGCAGAGGUAACAUGCCAGAUACACUAAGGAGGAAUAUUGCAGACUUGUUGAGGGUGACAUUGAAGAUUAAGAACUGCAUUGAUAAGCGCCCAGAUCCCUUUGUCCCACGUCCAAAGAAGACUUUCCAGGAACUCAGUGAAGAUUUUUCUUUCUCAAGAUCUCGUCAUGAAGUACUACUUGUGCCAGAGUUACUUGAAGUGGUUUUGCAAAUCUUAAUCUGUACGCUACAAACAGCAUCCUCCAAUCCUUUCUUCUUCAGUCAGGCCAUGGACCUUGUUCACGAGUUUACACAACACCAUGGCUUUGAAUUGUUUGAAGGCACAGUGCUUCAGAUGGAAAAGUUGGUUACAAAAGAUGAACCCAAGUCUAUUGAGGCAGCAGAGCAUAUCAAAUCCUUAAUCAGUAGUGUCAUGAAAAUAAUUAGCAUUGUCAAGAAAGUGAAAUCAGAACAACUCCACCAGUCUGUUUGUAUACGCAAGCGGCACAGGCGAUGUGAGUAUUCUCAGUUCAUGCACCACCACAGAGAUCUGUCUGGUCUCCCAGUUGCAGCAUUCAAAAAUCAGCAAUCCAAAAAUCCUUUUGAGGAGACAUUAGAUGGUGAAGUUUGCUAUCCUGACCGCUGUUGCUGCAUUGCAGUGUGUGCCCACCAGUGUCUGCACUUGCUUCAAGAAGUUUGCUUAAGCAGCACUUGUGUCCAGAUUUUAUCAGGCAUGCAUACUGUGGGAAUUUGUUGUUGUAUGGACCCAAGAUCCAUCAUUGGCCCCAUGCUUUAUGCCAUAAAAUCACAAACUUUAAAAAAUUGUCAGCAGCACAUCUUGAAUAUUCUGAGUAAAUUUAUCCUUGAGCAGCUUGGGGGUGAGGAGGUUUCAGAGAGAUUGAAACAAGUGAGUUGUAACAUUUGCACCAUUGAUAGUAGCCAGGUACCUGAUAUUGCAGAGAUUCUGCAUGGAGGCCUCACAGACGUUGGUUCCUCAUCCAAUCUUGCCAACCCCAUUUACAGAGCAGAUGGUAUUCUGCCAAGUGGAGGAUCCAGGGAAAUGUUGUGGACUUGGGAGGCUUUGGAAGCCUACCAUGAUCUUCUCUUCAUUGAUGAUACACAGCUGAGUUUGCUAGUUGCUAGCCAUAUAUGCCACCUAAUCCAAAAAGGCAAUGCAGUGGUUAAAUGGCAGCUUUACACUCAUAUUUUUAAUACUGUGCUUCAAAGAGGUGUAGAGCUAUCUCAUCGUACACAGCAACUAGGAUUAGCGACAGCCUCUUCCGAAGUGUGCAGCUACCACAGUUUGUCUCAGGAUGUCCUUCAGCUUCACCUACACACAUUGCCUUCACUCUUUAAAUCCAGGAUAGUCAGAGACCUCUUUUUGAGCUGCAACGGAUUAAAUCAGAUGACUGAGCUGAUUUAUCUAGACUCAGUUAGAUCCUAUGCUCUGAAGGUUUUUGAAACCUUAAUCCUGUGCCUUGGGGAUCAACAGCUAGAUGCAGGAAUGCAAGGUGAAGAGACUGAUGCAGAGUACUCUGCUUUGGAUCCCAAUGACACUCCAAGUAGCCAACUUACAGCAUUGCAUAAAAGUGAGAUGCAGCAAAGUUUAAGUAAGUUUUAUGCUGUUCUGAAAGAAUCAUACCCCAAGAAGAAGAAAGCUAAAAUCAUUGACACCCACUUAAAUGUAAUAAACUUGUUCCUUUGUGUUGCAUUUCUAUGUGUUAGUCAAGAGCCUGAAUCUGAUCAUGACUCUGUCAAUGAUUCUGAAGACACCUCAGGCUAUGAUAGCACAGCCAGUGAACCUCUGGGUAACAUGCUUCCUCACUUAUCACCAGACAGUGUUGUUUUGCCUUCGAAAGAGCAGAUCAGACGAGCAGCCGAUGUGUGGUCUGUGUGUCGCUGGAUCUACUUGAAAAACAUAGUAUUCCAGAAACAGUUCCAUAAACUUGGUGGCCUGGGGGUCUGUCGUAAACUGAUGAGAAUCAUCAUUCAGCAGAUCUCCAGCUCAAGGAAAGACAACAUAAAAGAAAACAAAAGUAACAUGUUUACUCAGGGUGAAACUCAAAAGGAAUUGGAAAUUGAUUCACGUUCAGCAUCAGGUCUGGUGGCUAAAAAAGAGUUGUCAGAUAUCAGCAGUGGUGAGGAGUCUGAAAAUAUUCAAAAAGCAACAGUAUUUGGAGACCAGUUGGAUGAACAGAGUGUUGCACUAGAAGGUGAUGAGAUGCCAAAAGAUUGGGAUGCUGUAGAGCAGGAACAAAGUACAACAGAGGAGGAUUGGGCGCUCCAGAGCAUCAGGCUGUUGGAAGCUUUAUUAGCCAUCUGUCUCCACACUUCUAGGAAAACCGAUGUGGAACCUUCUCCACAGGACCUCUCUGUGGAUGAGAUAUUGACUGAAAUGCGAGAUCAACUUGUUCAUUCUGGUAUUGUUGAUUCUGAUCUGGCCAAGCCUCUCUUCGAUUCCUUACAAAAUGUGUCUCUGGGAGGAAGUUCUAUGGAUGGUUAUUCUGCUGAGCAGGACAGAAAAAAGCAACACAAAAUAAGUCGAGAUUCAGCCCUACAGAUGGGUGAUCUUUCAGAGGAGACAGAAGAACCACAGUAUUGUAAUAUGAGGCUUUUUGCAGAAGAGGAAGGAUAUGAGGCUGAUAGCGAAAGUAACCCAGAAGAGAUUGCAGCCAAGGAGGAAGAUGUGAAACCAGAAAUCAUAUCCUUGGCUCAGUCAUCAAGUUAUCUUUGUAAUACUGCUGAGGGUACUGCACAGAGGGAAUUGAUGUACCCUGAGAUCUGUAUGUUAGAACUCACCCUGCUGUCUGUCAGCAAUCCCAGCCUUGAUGUCCUAACUCACGUCUUCAGAAGUCUGCUCGAGGUUGUGCAGCACAGUGAAAAAAAUGCUACAUCCAUUUACCAGCAGGGAGCUGUAAAAAUUAUUGUGGGAGGUUUUCAGAAUAUUUUGAGUCAGUCUGAGAUGACUUUAGAAGAAUGCCAGGCAGUGCUUGUCGAAUUAUUGGUGACUUUAAUCAGCUCCAGGUUGUCAGCUGAAGAGUUGACACUCUUUCUGAGACUGUUUUUAGAGAAGACCCCUCCAACUAAAAUACUACUUGGAGGGAUUCUGAGGAUAGUGGAAGCAAAUGUAGGCAUGGUUCCAAUGCAGUACCUUACCUUCCCAACAGUAUUUAUCAGUAGUAUUUUCAGUACCAUUUCAACCAUGCAGAAAACCAAUUCUUCUCCCACCAGCAAGAGCUCCGGCCUUUUAAAGCGAGUCAAAUUUCCAUCGAGCAAGAGGGAGACAGAAUCUGAAGGAUACACCCACCAAUUGUCGUCACCUUGGCAUGUGGCUCCACUCCAUCUGCCACUUGUUGGUCAGAACUCUUGGCCACACAUGUCAGAUGGCUUUAGUGUCUCUAUUUGGUUGAAAGUGGAAGUCGCCAGUGGAACAGAUAGGUCACUUGAAAAAACAAAGAAACAAAGACGAAACCAGCUAGCUACUUUCAGAGAAAGUAGCUUUGAUGGCAUUGAGUAUGGGAAAACAGCAGGCUUAGAUUGCUGCAGCACUCAAAACUCUGGUGAUAAAUUGGUUGAAGAUGGGUGCCUUCAUGUGAUUUCAUUGGGGUCUAAAGUAAUCAUGCUGCAAGUUUGGGCUGACUUGAACACGGGUGGUUUUACAUUCAGAAUUUGCAUUGAUCCAAAUGAUGACUUGAAAGCAGGCCUGCUAGCACAAGCUGAGUCACAGGAAAACAUUCUAACUCCAGGGAAGUGGCAGCACUUGGCACUAACCUAUGUGCAACAAUCGGAAAGCAAGAAGAGCGUUCUUGGCAAGCUUUCACUUUGGGUAUCUGGACAAAGAAAGUCUGAUGUGACCUUGGGUUAUACUAUUCCUCGAAAGAGCAGCCUUUCCUCUGACAGUAAUAAAACCUUUGCAAUGAUUGGCCACUGUAUACCCCAUCAAGAAGAUGCUACAAGGUUGGCUGGAAUAUGGAGUAUUGGAAGCUUGCUUCUUUUUAAUGGUGCCAGGAUAGGGCCGGAAGAAGCUUAUUAUUUAUAUGUCUGUGGACCUGACUUCACCUCCAUCAUGCCCUGUAAAUAUGGCAAACCUCAAGCAAAUUACUCGAAGUAUGUUACUCUGGAGAUUCUACAGUGUGAUCAGAUUAGUGACUUUCUCAUGAAAUAUAAGGAAGUGGAUGCUGGCCCUCUGGUGGAUGGUCUUGCUAUUGUUUACAACCCAAGAUGCCCUGCUCAAUAUACAAUUUAUGAGCCAGUUAUUCGACUCAAGGGUCAAACACGAACUGUAUCAUCACAGAGACCAUUCAGUUUGAAGGAUAUCCAAAGCAAUGUGGUGAAGCCCCAGCAACUAAAGAACUUACAGCCUUUGGAACAUCAGGAACUUCAACGUACCCUGCAUAAAAUUGGAGGAACUGGUGCAUUCAUCUUCCUCUUUGCCAGAACUGUAGAGAUUAGUGACUGUGAAAAGACACAAGCUCUAGCAUUGAAAGUUAUACUUACUUUGACAAAGUAUAACCAGCAGAGAAUCCAGGAAAUGGAGAGCUGUCAUGGCUAUGCUAUGAUUCACCAAGUGCUCAUCAAAAUGAAAUGUAUUGUAGGUUUCCACAUCUUAAAGGCUUUACUCGAUGGUUGCUGCAAUGUUCCAAUUCUUAACUUUAAUGAAUCCACGGGUCAAUUUGAGAUUGAUACAGAAUCCAGUGCUGUAAUCCAGGAUGUGAAGCUCCUGUCUGAAUUGUUACUCGAUUGGAAGAUCUGGUCAAAAGCACAGAAUGGUGUCUGGGAAACGCUGAUGGCAGCUCUUGAAGUGCUCAUUAGAGUCCAUCAUCCAAAGCAGAUGUUCAAUGUCAAACAGCUUCUAAAGGCACAAGUGGUUUAUCGCUUCCUCUUGACUUGCCAGGUUCUUCAGGAACACCGAGAUGAACACCUGACAUCUAUCCCUCGGGAGGUCUGUAGAUCAUUUGUGAAGAUCAUUGAAGAAGUACUUGGGUCGCCACCAGAUCUGGAAUUGUUGAAGCUGGUUUACAAUUUUCUGCUGGCAGUACAUCCUCCUACUAACACCUAUGUUUGCCAUACCCCACCAGGCUUUUACUUUUCCCUCCAUAUAGAUGGUAAGAUCUUUGAAGAAAAGGUCAAAUCGAUCAUGUAUAUGCGGCAUUGUAGCAGCAGUGGAAAACCUAGUGAAAGUCCUGGCUUUCUGUCCCCAUCUUCCUUCACCGCUGUCACAACAGAUGGAGAUAAAAUUCAAAGCAGCACAUCAAAUUAUUCAAAGCAGGAGUCUCCUUUAUUACCACCAUACGAGCAGUACUCCCAAAGUCUACCAGUUACCCCGUCUACCUCACCACAAGUGCGAAUCCGAAGAAUAACACCAAGAGUUGAACGGAGCUUUGCUGACUUGAGAGAGGUUUCUGAGUGCGAGUCCGAUUCUCUCACUUUUUUGCCAGAGAAUGCCCCUAAAAUGAGUACUGCAGAAACAUUGAAAAGUAUGCAGGAUGAAAUGUACCUCAGCAGCUGUGAGUCAGCAAAAACCUUGUGUGAGUCUGCAAAGGAAGUUUCUGCUCGAGGUGAUGCAGAUGGUCACAUACAAGAAUCUUUGGAACCUGUGGUACAGCUGGAUAACCUAGCAAAUGUGGCUUCCAAGAUUGGAUGUGAGCAUAUUGCAGAUGAAAGCAACAGCAUUUCGUCAACCCUGGAACCAGAAUGGAAACAGGAAGAGGCUGGUGAUGAAGGAAUAAAUCGGCCUGAUAGUCUCCGAGGACUACAGACAUUCCAAAGAAGUCAGAGUAAUUUUACCAGCCUGGGAUUGGCAUUUCCUUCCCAAAAUGGAUCUUUAGUUAUGGCACGUUUGCCAAGUACAGCUGAUAAGAAUUUGAUUCCUGAGGAAUGGGAGAGCUUUGGCUUUUCACCUCUAUAUGAGCGACCCUAUAAUGAAACUGAGACUGCUACAGAAAGAUCUGCAACAGAGGACAGUCUGAUUCUGAUCUGCUGUGGGCUCUAUGACCUUUUGCGAGGAAUCCUGCUCAUCUUGCCAGAUGUAAUGCUAGCUGAUGUGAUGGACAAGUUGAUCCAGCCAGAAGCAUUGAUAGUCCUUGUCAAUCAUCCAAUUCCAGUAAUACAGCAAGGAGUUACUAAGCUACUGGAUGCAUACUUUACACGAGCAUCAAAGGAACAAAAGGAAAAGUUCUUGAAAAACCAUGGAUUUUCCUUAUUGGCCAACCAGCUUUAUCUCCACCAAGGGACACAGGGGUUGCUGGAGUGCUUCCUCGAAAUGUUGCUAGGCCGGGCAGUUAGUCUAGAUGAAGAUUUAGAUCCAGAGGCUAUGGCUCACAUCGAUCCGUUUCGUAAAAGAUGCAUUAUUCCUGUACUGGGCCUCAUUGAAAACUCUUUGUACGAAAAUACAUUGGUGCACAAUAAAUUGUGCAUCCUACUCCAGCUUCUGAAUGCGUGCCCAAAGUUAGCUGAUAUACUGCUUGACAAUGGUUUGCUAUAUGUCUUGUUUAACACCUUAGCAACACUCAAUGGACUAGAGAAUGGCAUUCCAGUGAAUGAGUACAAAUUACUGCUGUGUGAUAUUCAGCAACUGCUGGUUGCAAUUACCAUCCAUUCCUGCAGCUCUUCUGGGUUACCAUAUUUUCGCAUAAUAGAGGAUUUAAUCUCACUGCUUGGAUACCUGCAGAACAGCAAGGAUACAAAAACAAAAGAAAUGGCUGUUGCACUGCAGUUCCGGGUUCUUCAGAGUGCCAUUGAAUUUAUAAAAAACACAGCUAAUCAGGAUGCUCAGAAUAUGAGUAGUUCCUUCAAUUUACCUGCAACACAGCAUCAUGCAAUUCACCAGAAGAGGAAAAGUAUUGCUGGUUCAAUUGCAUUAAAAGAUUCCAUAUUUCCACGGCUGCCAAGACAACAUUUCUCCUCGUAUGGUCACCUUCCAAUGACCUAUUGCUUCAACUUAGUAAACCAGGAGUCUCCCCUAGUGUCCCCAACUGGAUCCACGUCCUAUACUUUCCCUACAAAAGCAGGUCCUCGCAGAUUUUCAGCUGCUCCGUCCGAUGCCUUGCUGAUGCGAAUGCGAUCUGUAGCCAGCGAUGAACUCUCUGUGCUAAUGCAGCGGAGGAUGAGCCAUGAGAACUCCAUGAGAGCUUCUGAGACUGAGUUUGCACAAAGACUGCAGAGACUCACUGUUUUGUCUGUUAAUAGGCUGAUCUAUCAAGAUCCCGACCUUGAUUUUCUGGAUUUAUUGAGCACAUCCGAAUAUCCACAUUAUUAUAGAAUAUCAACCCCUCCAGCUGAAGGAUCCGAGGAAUGUACAUCAGUGCUACCAAGCAACAACAUGAAAACAUUUCAGAAAGAAAUGCUAAAACUAAUGAUUGAAGGGAUUAAAAUAUCUUUGGGAGCAGGUAGAAAUAGCCCCCCACGGCAGCAGUGGAAACGUAUGCUUUGGUCCUGCCGAGAGACAUUCCGGUCCCAGUUGGGUCGAUUGCUUGUACACAUUCUGUGCCCUGCCCGUCCACUGGAAGAGAGGACAAUGGCUUUAGAGAUAGUUUACGAACCAAGCCAUCAGGAGAUUCUGCGAGAAUGUCUAGGUCAACCUCUGGAGCAUGGACCCAAGCUGGCACUGUAUCUGUAUGAAUUAAUGCGUGACCACAAUGAAGCCUUGACCAAGGAACAGCAAUCUGCAGCAGGAAACUUCUUCAACUCCUUAAAGCUUUGUGGAUACAAGUGUAUUCCACUUAGUGCGCCACCCAAGCCAGAUCUCAUUAAAGCCAUCAAAGAGGAGCAAACCAAAUAUACGAAUGAAGAAUGUGCAAAUAAAGCUGCUUGGGAGAAGAAGUUGGCGACUUCUCAGCAGAGCCUCCUUCAACGACUAGAUAUGAAGUCAAAAGAUAUUUCAAAAAUAGCAGCUGAAAUCACUCAAAAUAUCUCACUGCAUCAGGGCAUGGAGAGGAAGAAAGUGAUUCAGCACAUCAGGGGAAUGUACAAGGUAGAUUUAAGUGCUAGCAGGCACUGGCAAGAACUUGUUCAGCAGCUAACACAUGACAGGGCAAUAUGGUAUGAUCCUGUGUCUUACCCAACUUCAUGGCAACUGGAUCCAACAGAAGGCCCCAAUAGAGAGAGGCGACGCUUACAAAGAUGUUAUUUGACUAUACCUAAUAAAUACCUGCUCACAGACCGGCAGAAACCAGAGGAACCACUGAAGCCACCUUUAUCGUUUUUGUUUGAAGAUAAAUCUCAUUCUUCUUUCUCAUCAACUGUAAAGGAUAAAGCAACAAGUGAACCUAUCAGAUUCAUUCGCAAAUGUAUCAAUGUUGCCCCAUCUCGAGAAACGGUUGGCGAACUCCUUUUAGGGGAGUCGGGAAUGUAUUUUGUUGAGGAUAAUGCUGCUGAUGCCUUCGAGCACCCUAGCACUGCAGUGGAAACAGAGCCAGCUUCAUUCUCCUGGACAUAUGAAGAAAUUAAAGAGGUUCACAAGCGAUGGUGGCAGCUGCGUGACAAUGCCUUGGAAAUUUUCCUAACGAAUGGCAGAACUCUUCUUCUGGCAUUUGACAGCACAAAGGUUCGGGAUGAUGUUCAUCAAAACAUCCUCACUUCCAAUCUACCAAAUUUAUUAGAAUACGGAAACAUUUCAGCUCUCACCCAGUUGUGGUGCUCAGGGCAGAUAACCAAUUUUGAGUAUUUGACUCAUUUGAACAAACAUGCAGGUCGCUCCUUCAACGAUCUCAUGCAGUAUCCUGUUUUUCCUUUCAUACUGAGUGACUAUUCUAGUGAAACAGUCGACUUAAAUGAACCAGCAAUUUACAGAAAUCUUCUGAAACCUAUAGCUGUACAGUCCAAAGAAAAGGAAGAUCGAUACGUGGAUAACUAUAAGUAUCUAGAGGAGGAAUAUCGUAAAGGUGCUCAAGAAGAUGAUCCAAUGCCACCUGUACAGCCGUAUCACUAUGGUUCUCACUACUCAAAUAGUGGAACAGUCUUGCACUUCCUAGUUAGGAUGCCACCAUUUACCAAAAUGUUUCUGGCUUAUCAGGAUCAAAGUUUUGAUAUCCCAGAUCGAACAUUUCAUUCCAUGAAUACUACCUGGCGCCUAUCCUCCUAUGAAUCCAUGACUGAUGUGAAGGAGCUCAUUCCAGAAUUUUUUUACCUUCCAGAGUUCUUAGUCAAUAGAGAAGGUUUUGACUUUGGAAUGCGGCAGAACGGAGAAAGAGUGAAUCAUGUAAACCUCCCACCCUGGGCUCGCAACGACCCCCGGCUGUACAUUCUGAUUCACCGCCAAGCCUUGGAGUCAGAUCACAUUUCACAAACAAUUUGCAAUUGGAUUGACUUGGUGUUUGGAAACAAACAAAAGGGCAGAGCUGCAGUUCAUGCUAUCAAUGUCUUUCAUCCUGCGACAUACUUUGGCAUGGACGUAUCUGCUGUUGAAGAUCCAGUGCAAAGACGAGCCCUGGAAACUAUGAUCAAGACCUAUGGUCAGACCCCUCGGCAGCUCUUCACAGCUACUCAUCCAAGCAGGCACGGACCUAGACUCUCAAUGGAGGGGGAGCUGCCUGCAGCUAUGGGUCUCCUUGUGCAGUUUGCUUUCAGAGAGAGCAGAGAGCACGCCAAGGAAGUCAUUUACCCGAGUCCUCUGCCCUGGAUUCAGGGGCUGAAGUGGGGUGAGUACGUGGGUUCCCCCAGUGCACCAGAUCCUGUGGUUUGCUUCAGUCAACCCCAUGGAGAACAGUUUGGAUCGCUGUUAGCAUUGCCAACCAGAGCCAUCUGUGGUCUGUCAAGGAAAUUUUGUCUCAUGAUGAUAUACAGCAAAGAACAAGGUGUUCGGAGUAUGCACAGUACAGAUAUCCAGUGGUCUGCCAUUUUGAGUUGGGGUUAUGCUGAUAACAUGCUAAGACUGAAAAGCAAACAAAGUGAGCCCCCCAUCAACUUCAUUCAAUGCUCUCCCUUACACCAGGUUACGAGUUGUGCAUGGGUGCCUGACAGUUGUCAGCUGUUUACUGGCAGUAAGUGUGGAGUGAUUACUGCCUACUCGAACAGAUUUACCAGCAGCACGUCUUCAGAGAUUGAAGUUGAAGCAAAAGUCCACUUAUAUGGGCACACUGCAGAAGUAACCAGCCUGUGUGUCUGCAAACCUUACAGCAUUCUGAUCAGUGUCAGCAAGGAUGGGACCUGCAUUAUAUGGGAUUUGAACAGGUUGUGCUAUGUUCAGAGUUUAACAGGACAUAAAAGUCCAGUGACAGCAGUUUCUACAAGUGAGACAACUGGUGAUAGUGCGACUGUUUGUGAUUCAGUUGGUGGUGGCAGUGACCUAAGACUGUGGACUGUAAAUGGAGAUCUCAGUGGCCAUGUGCAUUGUCGAGAAAUAAUCUGCUCUGUAGCUUUUUCCAAUCAACCUGAAGGUGUAUCUGUCAAUGUCAUUGCUGGAGGACUAGAAAAUGGUGUAGUAAGGCUGUGGAGUACUUGGGACCUGAAGCCUGUUCGGGAAAUUACCUUCCCCAAGUCAAAUCGGCCAAUUGUCAGUCUCACAUUCUCCUGUGAUGGCCAUCACCUCUACACAGCAAACAGUGAUGGCACCGUGAUAGCCUGGUGUCGUAAGGACCAACAGCGGAUGAAGCUCCCCAUGUUUUAUUCCUUCCUAAGCAGUUAUGCUGCCGGCUGAAGGCUAACCCUGUGACUAAUUUAUACCAAUCACUGUGCUCUCAUGGGUGGGGUGUUCAAAGAUAGGGGAAAUAAAGUGUUCCCCUCUCAGUUGUAAAUAUUCUAAAUGCAAAAGAUGCCCAUAAAAGGAACAGGUGGUUUUCCUCAAUCCACAGAACAAGAUGGAAUAUGGAAAAAGAUCAGCAGAGCAGUUUUCAUCAUUAUAAUUUGCUACCUUCCUGCCCAUGAUGGGAAUCCUUGACUUUGUUGCAUAUGCAGUCCUUCGAAUUACUGCCAGUUCCAAACUGGCAAACUAAAACUCAUUUGCACCAAUUUGUGUUUGAUGUAAAUUAUGCAAUGUGUCUGGUUGGUAACUUUACAGAGUGCAAUAUUUUCUACUUCAGAAUCUACAUACAAUUUUGCAUACAAUGCACAUGAGACCAAACAGGUUAAUGAGAUACAAGAAUAACAGAACCAGUUACAUAAAGGAGCAUGGGAUGAAGAUAUAAAAGCACCUUAAACCUAUGUUUGUGCACGCAGCAUUUAUCUACAACUGUCUCGAAUGUUUAAGUUCAUCUUUGCAAGUGCUGCCAUUUCUUAUAUUUUUUCCUUGAAAAUUAUUCUGUCGUCUUAAUAAUUUGAUGCAGAUUGUUCCUUCCCCAUCACCUUUUAUAACUAACAUUGAGCAGACUCCAAAUUGAGAGAUAAGGAUUCAUUUGGCUGGUCCUUAAAGAUUGCAAGAAAAGAUACAUGUAGUAUCCUAAAGUGAAUGGAUGCAAGAGUUUCUAUACAGAAAAUUAUGUUGGCUUUAUUGAAGAUACAACACUGGGGUUAAUUAGGUUAUUUGUGGUUAGGCUGUUACCCACUCGUGUUAAAUACAUAACUAUUUAUUUAACUGGAGGGCUAACUUUAAGACUGCCACUUUCCCUCUGGAAGUUGUGUUUUGAUUAUUGUUCUUAAUCAUAUUUAAAAAAUAAAGAGUUAAAAAAUGUGCAUUUUGCAAGUAUUUUGGAGGAAGUGAGGAGCUAGUUUGCUGAUAAUUAAAACUUUGGUGAACAUUAAUUUAAAAAUCCUUGAAACCAGUGUUCCUCAGACUUUGAAAGUGAGCAAUUCCUGUCUUUUGUACUUCUAUUCCUGAUAUAUCUGUACAAAGUAUUUGUGAUGGAUAUUUGAACAUUAAAUUAACUAUAAUCU